UAUUGUUCUGAAUACUUUCGACAUUUCGAGGUUAUGUAAAAUAUUUUUUGCCAAAACAAACGUGAAAUUUAAUGUUGAAUCCCUUGAAAUUUCAAUAAUAAUGUGCGUUUAAUUGUGCCUUGCCUGCGCUAUUCUAUCUAGAUAUCAGCAUAUCUCAUUAGCUGAAUUGAACUACCAAUUUACUUGAAAAAUGUUGCGCACAUUUGGUAAAGUUUUGGAGCCUGUAAGAAGGCGGCUGUUCCGGGCAGUUGGAAGUUUAAACGGUGAGGGCAGUGUUUAUGAGCAGAACCGCGUAUCAAAAGAAGAACAACUGACGGAAGCCUUGAAAAAGAAAAUGCCGGGUAUCACAUUCAUCAGCGUUGAAGAUAUUUCCGGUGGCUGUGGAGCCAUGUUUGAAGUUAGUAUAGAAGCCAAAGAAUUUGUAGGACUUUCAACAGUUAAACAACAUAGAAUAGUUACAGAAACAUUGAAGAGUGAGAUAGCAGAGAUGCAUGGCAUACGGAUCCACACUACUGCACCUAAAUAAAUAAUGAAUCUGUCUCAUCAGACUCUCUUGUUAACAAUAAAAAUUAUAUGUAAAUAGUUAGGAUAUAAUAACAGGUUGUCUUAGAUGCUAAAAUGAUUUUGUUUUUGUUAAAUUACAGCUUGUGUGAUGUAAUGUUAGUUGUCUAAUUAUGUUUUUAAUGAAGAUUAUGUUGCAAUAAAAAUUAAAAUUAUGCAAA